AUGGUCUUGAAGAUGCAAACUCAACGCGGACCCCCAUCGGUGCAGAUUGUCACGAGAUCCCGACGGCAGACAGCGCUCUGCUUAUUAAUGCAGAAGGAGGAGCUCCAAGCAUUCGAAGCUUCCAAUCGCUCGUCGGUAGUCUUCUCUGGGUGUCGUGAUGUACUUGAAGGGUACCUGCAGCUUCAAGCUACGGAUGACACCGGCGUCGAGCGCGCGCGAGACAGUGAAUUGGAGUCGCACUCAGACGCGGACUUCGCUGCUGAUAAGCUGGACCGGAAGUCGUUGACGGGCGGGGUCAUCUUCUUGAACGGCAUGGCAGUGAGCUGGACGGCCAAGAAACAAGGCGGCGUCUCUCUAUCCACCAUGGAAGCCGAAUUUGUUGCAGCUUCGGAGCAAACGCGCGAGUUACUUGGGAUCCGAGAGAUGCUGCGCGAAAUUGGGAUGCCACCCGGACUGCCGAUGACGCUGUACAUCGAUAAUCAAGCCGCUAUCAAGCAGCUGGAUGGCGAGGCUUCUUCCUUGAAAGCCAAGCUCAUCGAUGUGCGGCUCAAGUUUGUGCGGGACUACUCAAGACGCGAGAUUAUACAGGCGCAGUACGUCAGGUCUGAAGCCCAGGUUGCUGACCUAAUGACGAAGGCCCUGGAUGCGGCCAAGCUUGCGUUGCUGUGCGAGUUGAUGAGCCUCGGGUAG